AUGGUGAUGAACUGUUGCAAUGAGCUUUUUAUUAAGGUGGCGGAGUUUCAAGGAAACACAAGUUUCUUAGUCAAGAUUGUUGAAGCAAGGGAGACACUUUUGCAGAAGUUGCUAAACAAGAAGAACGCAGUGAUGAAAGCCUCUGAGAACUCUGAGGCUGUUAAUACGUUUCCAGAUGGUGGUAUAAUUAAUAGCACACAAGAAGAUGAGUGCCCAUCUCAGCAAAAGGAUGUUUUAGCUGAGGUUGUCAAUGCGUUACAGGAGACAGAGAUUGAUGACCAUGGGAAAACUGAGCAGUGGUCAGAAGAGGAAGAUGUUGAACUUGCCCAUCGCUAG